CUCUAUGGCUGCCGCGUCUCCGAGUUGCGCCGCCCGGGCCAGAGCGCUGCCCCAGCGCCGCCGUGGAGGAGGCCUGCGGUUCUUUGGCGUUCUGACGCCCCCAGGACCCAAGGGCGCGGGUGCGGACGCCAGCCUGUCCAACCCUGGCCCAGCCCCAGAGCCGUGCCGCUCUGAGACCCCUGACCCCAUCCCGACCGGACCGGACCCCCCCUCGGAAGCACCCUGCUCCUACUCUGAGUGGAACCUCUCAUGCCGCCCCGGCCAGCCUUGAACCCAGACCCAGCCACUAGAGCUUGGGCCCCUGCCCCCGCCCCAGCGCCCGGCCUCCUCGCCAUGCGUGGGAAGCUGCUGCCGCUGGCCGGCCUUUACCUGGUGCAGGGCCUGCCCUAUGGGCUGCAGUCUGGGCUGCUGCCCGUGCUGCUGCGGGCCCGCGGCCUCUCCCUGACACGCGUGGGACUGGCCAAGGCGCUGUAUGCACCGUGGCUGUUCAAGCUUGUGUGGGCCCCGCUGGUGGACACUCGGGGCUCCCCAAGGGCCUGGCUGACGCUCAGCACAGCUGCUCUGGGCCUGGUGUGUGGGCUGCUGGCAUCCCACCCUCCCGCCGCAGCUGGUCAGGCCGGUCUGCCUGUCACGGUGGCGGGGCUGCUUCUGCUGCUGAAUCUGGCUGCAGCUGUGCAGGAUGUGGCCCUGGACACGCUGGCUGUACGGCUCCUGGAGCCCGCAGAGCUGGGGCCUGGCAACACUGUGCAGGUGGUCGCAUACAAGCUGGGGGCGGUGCUGGCUGGGGGUGGGCUGCUGGCCUUUGUGCCCACCCUAUCCUGGCCCCUGCUCUUUCUGCUCCUGGCUGCCACUUAUUGGUUGGCUGCUGCCUUGACCUGGGUGGCACCAGCCCUGCAACAGCUUCCCACACCUCUGCCCUCAGAACACCCCCGACACACCCUGCACCUUGGGCAGGACUUGCUGGCCGUGCCUGGAACCCUGUGGACAGUGGGCUUCGUGCUCACCUACAAGCUGGGCGAGCAGGGCACCAGCGGCCUGUUCCCACUGCUCUUGCUGGACUGCGGCAUCUCUGCCCCAGAGCUGGGGCUGUGGAAUGGUGUGGGCGCUGUGGCCUGCUCCAUUGCUGGCUCAUCCCUGGGUGGGGCCCUCCUGGCCAGGCGCCGGCAGCCACUGCCCCUGUUGAAGUCAGCGCUUCAGUUCCGUCUUGGGGGCCUGGCCUGCCAGACUGCCGUGCUCUUUCACCUGGACAGCCCUGGGGCCAGCCUGGCCCCCAGCACAGUCCUGAGAGGUGCAGCCCUGCUGAGCCUGUGUCUGCAGCACUUCCUGGGGGGCCUGGUCACAACCACCACCUUCACCCUGAUGAUGCGCUGCAGCCAGCUGGCACCAAGUGCCCUGCAGCAGGCCACACACUACAGUCUCCUGGCCACUCUGGAGCUGCUGGGGAAGCUGCUGAUGGGCACGCUGGCUGGAGCCCUGGCUGACAGCCUGGGGCCACGCCUCUGCUUCUCCGUCUUCCUCACUCUCUCAGCCAUGCCCAUGCUGUACCUGGGCCUUGCACCCAACACCCUGGCCUGAACUGGGUGGCCAGACUUAUCAAUAAAGUGGAGCGUGCCUUCGGACUGUGUCCGGGAUGAGUGACGUGCAAGGUUGUCCUCAGACUGGGGGAUUGUCCGCGCUGGAAGAAGGGUUCCUGAAAAUGGCUCAAGCAUCUUUUAUUCUGUACUUUAUUCUGCACGCUACUGGUGGUGGCCUUUGUCCAGAGUGGUUGGUCGCUGUCCUGGCCACUGAUAUCUACGCCCAUCUUUGCCUCGAGGACCUGCUGCACCUGACACCCCCCCAUGCUGUGGCCACGCAGCCCCUGCUCAGGCUCGUGCUUGUGACGUGGGGGAACUGGGUCCUUCCGCGGCAGAGUGGUCAGCAGCCCCACAGCAGGAUCUCCUCUGUGGCCAAGUGCAUGAGGGCAUGGAAGCUCAGGUGCAGGUACUUUCUCCAGAAGCGCUUGUCCCGCCCGUACACCUGGGCCGGAUAGCAGGGGCUUCCUGCAGUGGGAGGAGACACGGCUCUGACGACUCCGGCCAGGUCUGCCCCCAGCCCCCGCCUUGCUCAGGGCUGGGCCUCCCAGGUCCGCACCGAUGCCGUGGAAGAUCCGGGCCACAGCCCUGCCCGAGAACCGCUGCUCUGGCCACGAGGACAGGAGGUGGCGGAUGUCCCGGCGGAUCUGGUCCUCCCAGUCCUGGAGCUGCCGGUGGGGACACGUGGCAUGCUGUUCUGCAGUGCUCGUAGACGAUGACAGAGUCCAGGGCACGGAAACGAUCACUCUGCAGCAGCGUCACCAGAGCCUGGAGAGGACGAGGCUGAGCACGAGCAGUCGGAAGGCAGGGCCUCUGCUCGGCCCGCGCGUGCGUGCUUACCUGCUCUGGGUCCCUGUCCGAAGACACAGAGAGGUGCAGGUUGGCAGGGAUGGUGCCCGGCCCCCUGAGGAUAGACUCUUCGGCCACGCCCAGGUGCCGGGCCAUGUCAAGGGCACUGCUGCGCGUGGCCGUGGCUGUGAGACCCAGGAAGCAGCUUAUACCCACGCAUUCCCGCAACACCUGCGUGGAGAGGAGUGGUGAGAUGCCCAGCCUUCCUUGGUCUGCUCACGUAGCACCCCCCCCGCCCCCCCACACAAGGCUUACCUGGCAGACACGCAGGUAGCAGGGCCGGAAGUUGUGGGACCACUGGGAGAGGCAGUGGGCCUCGUCGAUACAGGCAAAGGCGACCAGUGGCAGCUGAGCGAGGAGGGCAGCGCCCCCCGCCCCAACUAGCGCCUCUGGCGACAGCAUCAGCACUUGCACCUGGGCUGACCGAACCUGAGGAUGACGGCAAGGUCAGGAGCACCGCCCAGGGGGUCUGCCUGCUGCCUCUGCCGCUCUCGCCCUGUGAGGGCCCCUUACCUUCUGCAGGGCGGAGGCCCGCUCCUUCUUAGUCAUCCCCGAGUGAAUGCAGACCGCCUUCAGGCCUGGGGGCAAGCCGGAAACCUGCAGGUACAGGAGCAUAGCCUGUCACAGGCCACCAGCCCUGGCCCUUCCCCACAUGCCUCUUAGAAUGGUUUGGCCGGACAACUACUACUGUGUCCCCUCCAGGAUCUAGAGGGGGAAAAACCCAGGUCCUGGGUCCUGUGACUAAGGGUUCAGAGCCACCUGUGGGCUUGGACUCAGGAGCACUGGAGACAGGUCCCCAUGGGGACGCCCCCUCCCCCAAGCUGCUCCUCUUGUGGGUGGGCCUGGGUCUAGCCAGCUGUGUCCCUGCUGCCUUUGGGCCACUGCCAGCUCAUAGACAGAGCUGAAAAUGGCCUGGCGACUUGCCACUCGGGGGUGGGGGUGGGGCAAGAAGCAGCAGCCCAAGCGGGUCAGCAGAGCCACGGGUACCAGCUCUCGCCUUCUGCACCUACGCAAAGACCCUGUCCACCAACCUGGUUGUCCAUGAGCGACAUGAGAGGAGAAAUGACCAGCGUGAGGCAGGGGCUUCGCCGGAAGUAGAGCAGUGCGGGGAGCUGGUAGCACAGGGACUUACCAGCCCCCGUAGGCAGUACCAGCAACGUGGACACACCUGGGUUUUACCGAGAGGGUCAAGAGCACAGCUCUGUGGCCCAGCCGCAGUCCCACCGCGCCCCCUGCCGGCCGUACUCACCAGACAGGAUCCGCAUGACCACACGCUCCUGCAAAGGGUAGAAGGCUUGGUGCCCCAGCUGCUCCAGGGCCUGAAGCACCUCAGCUGGCGUGUCUGUGGACACAGAGUUGGCGGCAGGCAGCGCCCAUUCUCUGGGAUACUUCCUUGAACGUGGCCCGGGUCUGUGCGCCACCCUCAUCCUUGCCACCCUCCUUCUGAGGGGCCAGGUGCGGACGCAAAGGAGACUCACAGAGCAAGAAGCAAGGCAGGUGGGCGGGAACAUCCGGCACCACCUUCUCACCUGCUUGCGAAGGAGCCUGCCCCUUGAGGCCGGGCCCCGUACGUAGCGUUUCUGCUUCAUGUUGAGUCGCACGUAGUUCCCCCUGUUCUGGACAGCAAGUCUAGAAGAGACGCACAGGUCGACUGCACCCACAGCCCUCCCCACCGUGGCGCGACUGAAGGCAGCGCUGCUGGGAGGCUAGGGCAGUGAUACCUGGGGGCUGGGGGCUUGCUGGGGGGCUGUGCCUGCACAGGCUGCUCUGGACAGUCUUCUGUAGGCACUGCAGCCCCAGCUCCUGCAGGCAGGGGUCCUGCUUGGCCGCUGUCCUGUUGGGUCUGUGCAGGGCUUCCCUCCAGCUCCCCACUCCAUCUCCGCUUCUUGCCUUGACGGGUACCAGGCUGAGAGUUCCCUGCACUGAUAGCAGCUGCUAGUAGGGUUGGAGUCUCUGAGCCCUGUAAAGUCACCUCAGGGCCAGCGCUGGGACCGAAGACAGAUGCAACACCUGGAGUAAGAAGCUGGGACUCCUCUGCACCCAGGCAAGGCUGGCAGGCCCUGGGAACCCCCAGAAAAUCUGAGGUCCCGUUGUGACACCGCUGCAGCCAGCCUGGGUCUAGGGAGCCCAGCCGCAGGCUCAGGGAUGCCCUCAACUGCUGGGGCCGGCCUGGCCUCAGCUCGGGCCUGGGAGGCUGGGGGGGCACCUCACUGACUUCUGCUGGAGAGAUGGUGGCAGCUCCUGUGCCUGGUGGCCCUGGGGAAGGCAUCUUAGAGGAGGAUCUUCGUGUAAGCCGGGGUAUUCGGCCCAGGGCUGGCCCAGCCUGGGAGGGAGAGAUAAGCAAGCAGGAACUGAGGCCUUUGGGGUGCUGCAGACUCUGAAACCUGCUGGAGGCCCCACCUGUAACAGCUGGGCGAUGUGAGAAACCUAAGGCUGGGAUGUAAAAGAAGUCAAGAGUAGAGGGGACGCUGAGCUCUUCUGGAGAGCUGCGCUCUGGGAAAUGCUGGAGUUGUGUGUGUGCACGUGAACACGUGUGAAAGACUUAACGGGGUUGGCUGCCUGCUGAUCCUGCUUCUGGGCCAAGCGUAGCUCUGGACCCAGGCUGGAUGCACUGCCUGCCCGACCCUCACCUGCAGACUGCCCUUUAGGUUGGCCUUAAGCCUCUUCCCGUAGUCAUGCACAGAUCCCUGAGAGCUGAGCCUUGAUGGAGGAUGGGGGCUCUGGGUCGCGGCCCGAUUCAGGUGGGGCCCCCAGCAGCUGGGCUCCAGCAUCUGCAGGAAGAGACGGUAGAGAUCUAGGCCACGGAAAAGCUGGCGCAGGGGGGAACAGAGGUGUCUCCAGCCCCGGAGACCUGAGGGUGGGGGCUGUCCUUCCUCCACCCUGUCAGCCCGGCCCCUGAGUUCUUUGCCCCACAGAGCCUGGGUCACGACUCCUCCUGGAUCCGGCAUACAGGAAGUUGACCGAUAGGCUGGGAUGUCGAGCCCGGGUACCUCCUCGGCCGCCGCCGCGGGAAGCGACUGCUCCGAGCCGUGAGGCCCGACGCCGCCGGCCUGACCCAGUGCCUCCUUCAGGGUGCGGUAGUCCCGGUGGAGCGCUGAGGGCGGGGCCGGACGGGGGUGUGUGUCGGUGUUCAGGAGGCAGGGCUCGGCUGGGCGUGGGGAUGGAGGCCGCCCGCCCCCUGCCCGCGUCCCCGGCCGCUGCCUCCGCCCCGCGCCCGCUCGCUCACCGCGGGUCUCCUCGGGCGCCGCUUCCACGUCCUCCUGUAAAGGGAGCGCGUCAGCCGGAUGCCGCUCCCUCAGAUCCCCGCCCACGGGCAGCCCGCACCUGGCCCGGCAACCGCCCGCUCCGCCGCCGAAACGCGCGCCCCCUUUACACGCCUGCACCCGCUCCCGCACAUC